UAAAGUCGCGGGGGCUCGCCCGGCCCCCGCGCCGGGAACCCGAGCCACCCCGCCGGGCAGGGGCCAGAGGCGCAGUCAGAGGGAGAACACCAGGCGCGGCGCGGGCGGCUCGGGCUCCGGCUCCGGCCCGGGAGAGGCGCGAUGGCGAGCGGCAACAGCAACCACGCCGCCGAGAGCUUCCUUGGCUCCGACGGGGACGAGGACGCGGCCCGGGGCCUGGAGACCGAGGAGGAGUCGGAGGGCGAGGAGGACGAGACGGCGGCGGAGUCGGAGGAGGAGCCAGACGCCAGGUUAUCAGACCAUGAUGAAGAGGGCAAGACCAAGCAGGAGUGUAUCAUUUCUGACCCCUCCUUUUCCAUGGUGACAGUUCAACGGGAAGAUAGUGGAAUAACUUGGGAGAGAAGUUCAAGCAGAUCCUCCACUCCUUGGGCCUCAGAAGAAAGUCAGACUUCUGGUGUGUGUAGUCUGGAAGGGUCAACUGUGAAUUCUCCUCCAGGAAACGUUUCCUUUAUUGUGGAUGAAGUUAAAAAAGUUCGGAAAAGAAAUCAUAAGUCAAAGCAUGGUUCACCAUCAUUGCGUCGGAAAGGCCACAAAAAAAGAAAUUCUCUUGAAUCCCAAGAUAUUCCAGCAAACAAAAAAGACAGUCCUUUAAUUUCAGAAAGCCAGGUAGUAAACACCAAGAAAGAAAAGGCAUCUCCUGGCAUUUAUGAUAAAACAAGAAAAAAGAAGACUGCCUCAAAUACACCUCUUAUUACUGGGGCAAUAUACAAAGAACACAAGCCAUUAGUGUUAAGGCCAGUUUACAUAGGAACAGUACAGUAUAAAAUUAAGAUGUUUAAUUCGGUUAAAGAAGAAUUAAUUCCUCUACAAUUUUAUGGAACGUUGCCAAAGGGUUAUGUAAUUAAAGAAAUACAUUACAGGAAAGGGAAAGAUGCAUCCAUUAGUUUAGAGCCUGAUUUGGGCAGUCGUGAUUCUAACAUAGUUUGCAAAACAGGCAACUUAGUAGCCCCAAGCAUAGAAGUUAAUAAAGAAAAAGAGCUUGCUUCACCCUGGAGAGGUGCACUCUCCAAAGGAUCAAAGUCCCUGAUCUCAUUAUUCAGUCAUGAAGAUCAAAAGAAAGUUCACAUUGAUUCCCCCCUAACUGCCACAUCUGCAACCAAUCUCACAGCUUCCUCUUAUUCAAGUAAUGACUCAGCCAAACAAGAAGUACAGCUCAGGUCUCCACAGUCAGGGCCACAAGAGCCAGACAAUGAAGCAAGAACCCCUGAAAUGGAGCCUUCUUCCCUCAUGCUCGACACAUCUGCAACUGUGUUCCUGGAAACUGCAAAGGAAGACUUUGAGCCCGAUUCACAAGGAACCAUAACUUCAGAGAAUGACUAUUCAAUUUCAUUAUCUUUCGUUGAUGAAGGAAAGAAGGAAGACAUGUAUUCUGCUGACCAUUCCAUUUCACUGGAGGCAGAGAAGGAUGCUCUGGAGACAGCUUCACCAGGUCUGGCAGCAUCUAUCCAGGAAGGUUUUGGUCCAGACCAAGAACAGCUGGACCUGACGUCACUAGAAAAGGCAGAACCAGUCUCUGAACAACUGACCCCUCCUCAUCCCACUGUCAAAGGAGAGAAGGAAGAAAACGUACCUGAGCCAUCCAUUUCUCUUUCUGAACCUGAAGUGUUAGAAGAACCAGAGAAAGAAGAAAUAGAAACUUCGCUGCCGAUAGCUGCUACCCCAGAACUUGAAGAUUCUAAUUUAGUAGAAGAGAUCAUAGAACUUGAUUACCCAGAAAGUCCACUAGUUUCCAAAAAGCUCUUCCCACCACAUGUGUACCCCGAAGUUGAGCACAAAGAAGAGGAGCCCAGUCUACCAUUACUGACAAUGACUAAACAAGUCGCUGUGCCUGAGGAAGAAGGAGAGGAAAAUGAGUCUGUUUCUACUGAUUCUGCUUUUGUAUCAGAGUAUUCAGUCCCACAAGAUUUGAACUAUGAACUGGAGAAGCAAGAAGCUGAGCUAGUUUCUCCAUCCAAUGUAAAAGCUACAUCUGAACAUGUAGUUUUAUCAUCAGAAGAGAAUGAGGAGUUUGAGCCUUAUUCUCCAGCCGCAGCCUCUGCACCUGAACGCUCUCUCUCACCAUCCGCAGCUGAGAGGACUUCGGAGUGCCAGUCCCCACUGUUUUCACCAGUUACAUCAGAACACGUGGUCCUGUCAGGAGACGAGGCCUCAGAAAGUGGGUGUUACACACCAGAUUCCACAUCUGCUUCUGAAUAUUCAAUUUCAUCAUAUGCAACAAAAGAGUCAUUAAAGAAAACAAUUGGCCGUAAGUCCCCAUUAAAAUCAAAAGGUGGUUCAGAGCACAUGAUUCUGUCAGACGAAGAGAAGGAGGACACUGGAUUGUAUUCCCCAGCUGUGGCCUCUGCAUCUGAACGCUCUCUCCCACCAUCCACAGCUGAGAAGACGUCUGAGUGCCAGUCACUGCUGCCUUCUACUGCUACAUCAGAACCCGUGGUCCUAUCAGAAGGAGACGACCUGGGAAGUGAGCAUGUCACACCCGAUUCAAACUUGACUUCCAAACAUGCAGUUCCACCAAAUGCAACACAGGAAACCGAAAAGAAAAUAAGUGAUGGUGUCAUGUCCCAGCUCAAAGCAAAAGCCAUUUCUGAUGACAUAACUCUGUCAGAAGAAGAAGAGAAAGACACUGGGUUGUAUUCCCCAGCUGUGGCCUCUGCACCUGAACGCUCUCUCCCACCAUCUACAGCUGAGAAGACGUCUGAGUGCCAGUCACUGCUGCCUUCUACUGCUACAUCAGAACCCGUGGUCCUGUCAGAAGGAGAGGACCUGGGAAGUGAGCAUGUCACACCCGAUUCAAACUUGACUUCCAAACAUGCAGUUCCACCAAAUGCAACACAGGAAUUCCCAAAGAAAAUAAGUGAUGCUGUGUUGUCCCAAUUCAAAUCAAAAGCUAUUUCUGAGGACAUAAUUCUGUCAGAAGAAGAGAAGGAAGACAAUGGAUUGUAUUCCCCAGAUGCGGCCUCUGCAUCUGAACUCUCUCUCUCACCAUCCACAGCUGAGGGGACUUCUGAGUGCCAGUCCCCACUGUUUUCACCAGUUACAUCAGAACACGUGGUCCUGUCAGGAGACGAGGCCUCAGAAAGUGGGUGUUACACACCAGAUUCCACAUCUGCUUCUGAAUAUUCAAUUUCAUCAUAUGCAACAAAAGAGUCAUUAAAGAAAACAAUUGGCCGUAAGUCCCCAUUAAAAUCAAAAGGUGGUUCAGAGCACAUGAUUCUGUCAGACGAAGAGAAGGAGGACACUGGAUUGUAUUCCCCAGCUGUGGCCUCUGCAUCUGAACGCUCUCUCCCACCAUCCACAGCUGAGAAGACGUCUGAGUGCCAGUCACUGCUGCCUUCUACUGCUACAUCAGAACCCGUGGUCCUAUCAGAAGGAGACGACCUGGGAAGUGAGCAUGUCACACCCGAUUCAAACUUGACUUCCAAACAUGCAGUUCCACCAAAUGCAACACAGGAAACCGAAAAGAAAAUAAGUGAUGGUGUCAUGUCCCAGCUCAAAGCAAAAGCCAUUUCUGAUGACAUAACUCUGUCAGAAGAAGAAGAGAAAGACACUGGGUUGUAUUCCCCAGCUGUGGCCUCUGCACCUGAACGCUCUCUCCCACCAUCUACAGCUGAGAAGACGUCUGAGUGCCAGUCACUGCUGCCUUCUACUGCUACAUCAGAACCCGUGGUCCUGUCAGAAGGAGAGGACCUGGGAAGUGAGCAUGUCACACCCGAUUCAAACUUGACUUCCAAACAUGCAGUUCCACCAAAUGCAACACAGGAAUUCCCAAAGAAAAUAAGUGAUGCUGUGUUGUCCCAAUUCAAAUCAAAAGCUAUUUCUGAGGACAUAAUUCUGUCAGAAGAAGAGAAGGAAGACAAUGGAUUGUAUUCCCCAGAUGCGGCCUCUGCAUCUGAACUCUCUCUCUCACCAUCCACAGCUGAGGGGACUUCUGAGUGCCAGUCCCCACUGUUUUCACCAGUUACAUCAGAACACGUGGUCCUGUCAGGAGACGAGGCCUCAGAAAGUGGGUGUUACACACCAGAUUCCACAUCUGCUUCUGAAUAUUCAAUUUCAUCAUAUGCAACAAAAGAGUCAUUAAAGAAAACAAUUGACCGUAAGUCCCCAUUAAAAUCAAAAGGUGGUUCAGAGCACAUGAUUCUGUCAGACGAAGAGAAGGAGGACACUGGAUUGUAUUCCCCAGCUGUGGCCUCUGCAUCUGAACGCUCUCUCCCACCAUCUACAGCUGAGAAGACGUCUGAGUGCCAGUCACUGCUGCCUUCUACUGCUACAUCAGAACCCGUGGUCCUGUCAGAAGGAGAGGACCUGGGAAGUGAGCAUGUCACACCCGAUUCAAACUUGACUUCCAAACAUGCAGUUCCACCAAAUGCAACACAGGAAUUCUCAAAGAAAAUAAGUGAUGAUGUGUUGUCCCAAUUCAAAUCAAAAGCUAUUUCUGAUGACAUAAUUCUGUCAGAAGAAGAGAAGGAAGACAAUGGAUUGUAUUCCCCAGAUGUGGCCUCUGUGUCUGUACACUCUUUUCCACCAUACUCAACUGAGGUGACAUAUGAAUGGCAGGUCCCAGCACUUUCGGCUACCCCAUCUGAAUGUGCAGUCCUAUCAGAAGAAGAGACGACAGUACAAGUGGAGCGGUACACACCCUCUUCCACGUCUGCAUCUGAAUUUUCGGUACCACCAUAUGCAAUACCAGAGUCACAGGAGGAAGAAACUGUCCACAGGUCACCUCUAAAUCUAAAACGUGCCUCUUCACCCAUGAAUUUUUCAGAAGAAGGGCAAGAAGACAUUGGACCUUUUUCUCCAGAUUCUGCAUUUGUGUCAGAAUUCUCAUUUUCACCCUAUGUAACUCAGGAAGCACAGAAAAGAGAAUUUGAGUGUGACUCUCCAAUAUGUUUAACAUCACCAUCUGAACAUACUAUUUUGUCAGAUGAGGACACUGAAGAAGCUGAACUUUUUUCUCCAGACUCAGCAUCACAAGUUUCAAUCCCCCUGUAUGAAAUUCCAGAAACAAAGAAACAUGAAAUUGAGCCUGAUUCAAUAUUAACUGCAAUGUCUGCUUCAGGAUAUUCCUGCUUUUCAGAGGCAGAUGAGGAAGAAAUUGGGCCAACAGCUGCUACACCUGUACCUGAGUAUUUUGAUUCAUCACAGAAGCAAAAAGCUGAACCUUUCCCUUUGGUGUCUGCACCUGAAAACUUGAGUGUGCCACUUUCAACGAAUAAAGUAGAGAAAGCAAAAAUUAAGUCAGAUGCUCAAACAACCUCAGUAUCCGUAUCUGAAUACCUCAUUUCGGCACAGAAGCAGAAAUCUCAAGCAUCCUUCGAACCUGAGUCUGAAGACUUGAUUCCACCAUAUUUAACAAGUGAAUUGGAGAAAGGAGAAAUUAAAACUAGUUCAUCAGUAGCCGCAACACCUUCUUCUUUACCUGUUUUGCCUGCAUCUCAGUAUUCAGUUUCACCUGAUUCAGUCCAUGCAAUUAAGAAAGAACAGGAACCCAAAGCUACACUCACUGUAAAAGCUGCAAAUAAACAGAUGGCUUUGUCAAAAGUCAGAAAAGAAGAAGCUGUACCUGAUUCUCAAGAAGCUAUAGCACAUGAAACACAGGAUCAAAAAAUGGAGCCUCAGCCUCCAAAUGUUCCAGGGUCUGAGAUGAAAUAUGACAUGGCAGAUGAGUCAGAGAAGGAUGUCAAACCCAAUUUAGCUCCAACUGGGACUUCUGAACUAGAGCACAGAAUGUUGUCAAAGAAUGAGCCUGAAGUCAUAAAACCGUAUUCACCUCUAAAGGAAACAUCUUUAUCUGGACCUGAGGUUUUACCAGCAGUGAAAAUGGAAGUGAAACAUGACUCUAAAAUAAGAAGUACACCUACAGUGUUUCAUCCACCUUCAUCAGGACUGGAAACAGAAGUUGAGCACGGUCCACCUGCACUAGCAUUCCCAGCUUUUUCAGAAGAAAUGAAGAAAGAAAUUGAACCCAGUUCUUCAGCAACCACAACAGCUGUAACUAAGCUUGAUUCAAACUUAACCAAGAAAGAAGAAAUCCCAACAGAUUCGUCUCUUGUCACCCCUGUAGAAUGUCCAGUCUUAACAAAAGUAAGAAAGGGUGAAUUAGGAAAUGGCUCGCCACCACCAGAAACAUCUAUAGAUGAGCAUUUAGUUCUUAAAGAAGAAGAAAGGGUAGCAGUUAAAGGUGCUUCUCCCAUUGAAACUCCUUCAUCCGAACACCUAGCUUGGUCAGAAGCGGAGAAGGAAAUUGAAUUUGAUUCACCUCCAAGUGCACCCUCCCUAUCAGAGCAUUCUGUUUUGGCAAAGGUGGAAACCAAAGAAGUUAAACCUGGAUUGCUGAUAACCAAACCUUCAUCUUUGCCUUCAGAUGUAUCUGAGGAAGCAAGGGUAGAAGAGGAAUGUGGUUUUUCAUUUUCUACUGUCUUCGACCCUGAACAUUUGAUUUUAACACAGAAAAAGAACUUGGUUUCCACCUCAGAGCUAUUAGAGCCUGAAGAUGUGCUUUCGCUCAACCUAGGUGGUGAGAUAAAGAAAGAAGAAACUGAAUUUCCUACAUCACAAAAUGUGCCACCUACACCCAAACAUAUAGUUCCAAAAGGCAAAAAUGAGGAUGUAGCAAAUUCUUCUCUCAAAUUGGAAAAUUUAUCAUCAAAAGAUUUAGCUCCCACGUUAUUGAUCCUCAGUGAUGAUAAAAACAGACAGGCAAUGGAGACAACUUCUACAGCUCAGGGAGAUUUCCUGGCAGAAAAACAAAAUCUUGCUGUGGCUGAGCUCUCCUUGGAGCCUCAGAAAACAGACAAACCACACCAACUAUCAGAAUUACCAAAUGCUGGGUCAGAAUUCACUAGCAGUUUAGGUAGACAAAGUGGAUCCAUAAGUACAAAGCAAGUGACAUCUCCCAUAACUGAAACAGGGGAUUCUGUUCUAGAAAAUGGCCUAGCUGAGCUUAGGAACAGAGGGGAAGGAAAAGAAGAAAACAGGGAACUUCAUGCAUCUACUACAAUGUCUGCAAUUUCAGAGGUUUCAUCAUGCCUUAGGGAGGAACCUCAGAAUGAAGAAAUUAAACCUUUGUCUCCCGAGGUAGUCAGCCCAGGGUCAAAAGAGGCAUCUACCUUGCUAGUCAAAGGAGACAGCCCAGAAGAACUCCAGCUAUAUACUUUUUCUUCAAAAGGAUUAUCAGAUGAGUUGAACUAUCCAGCAGACUUUAAAAAAGGGGAAAGACAAGAAAUAGGCCCACUACCACCAACAAGAAAUUUGAAGACACAAGUCAUGGGAGAUAGUGUGACUAAACUGAAUGAAGAAAUAGACCAACCAAACUCAUCCCAUGUACUCCAGAGUAUAACAGAACCAUCAAAGAUCGCUUCUUCUGACCUUGUGGAACAGAUGAAGCCUAAAUAUGCACUUCAUCCAGAUCAAGCUGUGAAAAUACCUGAUGUAAGCACUUCUUUUGCAGAGAAACAAGAUCUGGGUAUUAAACAAUUUUCAUUUAUGAAAGAGAAUUUGCCUUCGGAACAAUCAAAAUCAUUUUUGACCACUGAACCUGCAGACGAUAAAGAAACAAAAAUGAGAGAGCCCCUUAUUUAUUCAAAGGAUGAAAAUUGGAUGCUGGAAAAGCCAGAAAAUUUGGCCAGUCAACAUGAAGAAAGACUACUAGGAUAUGUGCAGCUGGAUUCCUCUGGCAACAAUGAUUUGGUGCCGGGGCAGCUCAAGGCUCUGUCAGGUAGGGACCAUACAUAUAAAAUCAGAAAGGAGGUCCCGCCACGUUCUGUUGAAGAAUCCCAUUUGUCCUUACAAGAACCAGGAUCUACUCUAGAUACCUCCAGUGGUAAUGCAGAGACCUUAUCAACUGAGACCCACUCUUCUGAAGAAAUAAAGCAGGCCCAAGAACCAAAGUCUUUAGUUCCAGCUGAUGUAGAGAGAAACGUAGCAGAGGGGAAGCAGAUCCAUUCUUUCAUGGAGGGUGAAAGCUUGAUAUUGGAGAAAGCAAACAUAGAAUUUUCCAGGCCUUGCAAAGAAGAUAGCCAGGAAGAAAUCAAACUACCUCCUGAAAGGAUCCUCCAGAAACCAGUAUCUGGUUCGUCAGUGGAACAGGUGAAGUCAGAAACUAUCCCAUCUCCUGUCAAAGCAGCCCCUUUCCUGGAAGAAGGUGUGGAACCUGGACUGGACAAUGAAAAAGAAGCACAUAGGAGCACACCUCCUUUACCCGGAGAGAAGCCAUUAGAAGAAUCAAAAAUGGUUCCACCAAAGGUUGUAGAUGAUGCUGAUGAGGUAGGGAAACCAGCACCUGAAGUGAAAAUACCCACACGAAAAGAAUCCCUCUCCUCAGUCCAAGCAAAUGAAGAACCUCAGCCCCCAGAGGCACAAGAGCUGCCUGAGCAGCCAAAGGUGGUUGAGCCAGGCCUUUCUGUGGGAAAGAAAGGAAUUUCAGCUUUCAAAUCAUGGAUGUCUAGUUUGUUUUUUGGAUCAAGCGCUUCUGAUAACACAGUUGCUGAAAAAGAUUUAGAAACUCAGACAAGUCUACCAGUAGAAAAAGCAGUGACUGUAAUAGAGCCUAAAGGUACAAUACCCGCUGCUUUUAAUGCAACUGAGAAACCAGCUGAUCAUUCAUUACCAGAGGUAAAACUUCAAACUGCUGAUGAAUCCAAAGAUACUUUUGUUAAAUCUGGUGAAAGCCAAGACUUUAAAGAAAAACCCAAAUUUUUAUCAAAUGUAGAAAUUUUACAACAGCCAAAAUUCAGCUCUGAGAUGUCUAGUGAAGAUUAUGGGAAGAAAGAAAUCUCGGACUAUUCAGAGGAAAUGGACAUAAACUCAGUAGUUACUUCUGCCGAUGGUGAGGAACAUCUUGGAAUUCAACCUUAUUCUCCCAUGGGUGAGAAAUUAGUUAAAGAAGAAGCCAAAAAUGUUGUUCCUGUUCAUGUUACUGAUAGUAAAAGAGUCCAGAAGCCAGCAAUCUCUCAUCCAUCUAUUUGGAAUAUUUCUAUUCUUAAGAAAGAGCCAAGAAGUGAUCAAAAAGAAAAAUCACUCUUUCCAUUUGAUGCAGUAGAUAAGGUGCCACAACAGCCACCAUCAGCCUCAUCCGACUUCACAAGGAAAAAUAUCACGAAGGAAUCAGAGAAGCCAGAAGCAAUGAUUUUGCCAGUAGACGAAUCAAAAGGCGGUUUAAUUGAUCUUGGUGAAGACAGACUAAAGAAAGAAAUGCCAAAACCUGCUUCCUUAAAAAUUUCUGAAGAGGAAAUAAAACUCUGGUCUGUUAGCCCAACUGAAGAGAAAGAUAACUUGGAAAACAGAUCAUAUACCUUGGCAGAAAAGAAGGUGCUGGCAGGAAAACAAGAAACUGUAGUCUCAUUAGAGUUUGGAGAUAAUAAUGAAAUAGGGAAGGCACAAAUUACACAUGGAUCUAGACCUAUUAAACCGGAAGACUCAAAAGCAGCUGCUGUGCUGCAGCAAGCCUAUCACCAUGAAGACCACAAUGAAAAACCCAAAACUAUUUCUGGUUCUGAGGAGGAGAAAGGAAAAGAAAAAGAAGAGCAGGCACAAGUGUUUUCAGAAGGAAAGAAGCGGAAGGAAAGUCAGCCUUAUUCUGUGAAUGUGACUAGGUCUAUGCCUGAAGAAUCUGUCUCUUUAGAUCAUUCUUUGGGUGAAAUGCAACUAUUUUCAUUAGUUAAAAAUACAUCCAUUAUUGAAAAAUCAGAAGGCAUGCUCUCAGAGGCUCACCCAGAAAUCAGGGAAACAAAGGCGGUAGGAAUCGAGCCGCAUCCAUUAGAAGAAAGUAAAGUUUUGCUGGAGAAAACCAAGACUUUCCUUCCAGUGGAUCUUCCUUACUGUGAUGCAAUAGAUAACCAUUCUUUAGCUCAGGAAGGAAAUCUGGUAUUAGGAAAGGCAGGCAGGGAUGUGGUGGGUCACAAUGAAGGAAAGGGACAGUUCACAGUGUCAGAACCGUCUAAAGGUGGUUCAACAGAUAUUACAAAAGAAAGUACGAAGCAAGGAUCUCUAUCUAAAGAAUCUGAAAGGACUUUAGAUCGUCCUUUUAAUGGAACAAAGAGCUUAGACACACCACCAUAUUUGCUGUCAUCUGUAAAACCGCACAUUCUUGCUUCAGGGUCUUCUCCAGAAAUUGAUACAGUGAAGGAACAAGAAAUGCCAUGGUCAGAAUUGACUGCAGACAGGCAUACAGUCCACACUAUCCAAACAUCUAAAGAUCACACAUCUGAUAUGCCUAAGCAAUCUGUUCCUGUUUCAAAGCACCACUUGGAGGCUGUGGAAGAUGCCCAUGUAAACGAACCAUUCUCUUCAGCACGAAGCAACUAUGCUCAAUUUAUAACUAAUGCAUCAACAAUCAAUGCUGAUAAAAUGAUUUCUGCUAAAGAAAUAUCUGAGGAGCCUGAGGAUACAUAUGCAAAAGAUGAAGAAUUCACAGUGACUAGUAAGCCAGCUGGACUUUCAGAAGAUCAGAAGAGUGCCUUCAGUAUCAUUUCCGAAGGCUGUGAGAUAUUGAAUAUUCACGCUCCUGCCUUUAUUUUGUCAGUUGAUCAGGAAGAAUGUGAACAAAUGCAAGAUAAGUUAGAAUAUUUGGAAGAAAAGGCCUCAUUUAAAUCCAUACAACUCCAUGAUGAUAGCAAGGCAGUUGCUUGCUGUGAAACAUUAAAGAGCAAGUUAGAAGAUUCUGAUGAAAAAGUUACAUCAUUGAAAGAAAAUGAACAAAAGGAAACGAAUAAAAUAGAAGAGGAGAUAGCCACAGAUUCAGAAACUAGUGAUUUAGCUUUUAUGCAGCCCACAAUUCCCAGCGAAGAGGAUUAUUUUGAAAAAUAUACUUUGAUUGAUUAUAACAUCUCCCCAGACCCAGAAAAACAGAAAUCUCCUCAGAAAUUAAACGCUGAAGAGAAACUCUCAAAGGAAAUUACUGAAGAAACUAUCUCUUUCCCAGAAAGUUCAGAGGAAAGUGCCCUAGAACAUGAAUAUGACUUGGUGAAAUUAGAUGAAAGUUUUUAUGGACCAGAAAAGGACCACAACCAAUUAUGUCAUCCAGAGAUCUCAAAGUCUUUGGUUAUCCAAAAAUCAGCUGACAUGAAUGCUUCAAAGGGUGUAAACAGAGAUGUGGACUCAAAGUCACCUGGGAUGCCUUUAUUUGAUGAAGAGGAAGGAGUUUUGUCAAGAACCCAGAUAUUUCCUACCACUGCCAAUGCUGUUAAUCCAGAACUUCUGGAGGAGCCACCUGCACUUGCAUAUUUAUAUAAGGAUCUGUAUGAAGAAGCAGUUGGAGAGAAAAAGGAAGGGGAGACAGCUUCUGAAGGUGACAGUGUGAAUUCUGAGGCAUCAUUUCCAAGCAGAAAUUCUGACACCGAUGAUGGAACAGGAGUAUAUUUUGAGAAAUACGUACUCAAAGAUGACAUUCUCCAUGACACAUCUGUAACUCAGAAGGACCAAGGCCAAGGUCUAGAAGAAAAACCAGUUGGUAAGGAUGAUUCAUACCAACUGAUAGCUGCAGAAGGAGAAAUUUGGGGUAGGUUUGGAACUAUUUUUGGGGAGAAGUGUCUGGAAGAAGAGGAGGAAGCUGUUUACAGGGAAGGAGAAUCAGCAGGCCAUGUGGAGACCUUUGAUAAUGCAGCGAUGCAGAGGAAAACACCCAUCACUGAGGAAGUCACAGUGGUUACCCAGAAGAUAAGCUAUGCAGUUCCAUUUACAGACACCCAUCACGUCCUGGAGAGUGUAGAUGAAAUGAGUAGUCAGGGUGAUGAAGCAGCAAAUGCAAGUCCAGAGGUCAAUCUGAAUGUCCCAGUGCAAGUGUCUUUCCCAGAGGAAAACUUUGCAUCUGGUGCAACUUACAUGCAAGAAGCACCACAAGAAGAACCUAAACUGCUGGUCCAUCCUGAGCCAAGUGAAGAGAGGCUCCGCAAUAGCCCUGUUCAAGAUGAGUAUGAAUUUGCUGAAUCCCUGAAUUACGAUGUGGUUAGUCAAGACAUUUUAUCAGAAGAACUGUAUUCAGAAUCGACGCCUGAAGAUGUGUUAUCUCAAGGAAAGGAAUCCUUUGAACACGUCAGUAAAAAUGAAUUUGUGAGUGAGGUGGAACAAAAUAUGUCUGCUGAACAGAAAGAGUUGGGCAGAGAGAGGACAGAACAAGACCAAUUAUCAUCAGAGAUAGAAACUGAGAAGGCACAAAAGGACCUGAAAAAGCCCCAGAUUGACACAUAUUGCUAUACCUGCAAAAGCCCAAUUUCUGCUAUUGACAAGGUGUUUGACACUCACAAAGACCAUGAGGUUUCAACACUUGACACCGCUAUAAGUGCUGUAAAGGUUCAAUUAGCAGAAUUUCUAGAAAAUUUACAAGAAAAGUCCUUGAGGAUUGAGGCCUUUGUUAGUGAGAUAGAAUCCUUUUUUAAUACCAUUGAGGAAAACUGUAGCAAAAAAGAGAAAAGUCUAGAAGAACAGAAUGAGGAAAUGAUGAAGAAGCUUCUGGCAGAGUAUGAUGAGAAAGCCCAGAGCUUUGAGGAAGUGAAGAAAAGGAAGAUGGAGUUCCUGCAUGACCAGAUGGUCCACUUUCUGCAGAGCAUGGACACUGCCAAGGACACUCUGGAGACCAUCGUGAGGGAAGCAGAGGAGCUUGACGAGACCGUUUUCCUGACAUCAUUCGAGGAAAUCAAUGAAAGGUUGCUUUCUGCAAUGGAGAGCACUGCUUCUUUAGAGAAAAUGCCUGCUGCUUUUUCACUUUUUGAACAUUAUGAUGACAGCUCGGCAAGAAGUGACCAGAUGUUAAAACAAGUGGCUGUUCCACAGCCUCCUAGAUUAGAACCUCAGGAACCGAAUUCUGCCACUAGCACAACAAUUGCAGUUUACUGGAGCAUGAACAAGGAAGAUGUCAUUGAGUCAUUCCAGGUUUACUGCAUGGAGGAGCCACAAGAUGACCAAGAAGUAAAUGAGCUGGUAGAAGAAUACAGAUUGACAGUGAAAGAAAGUUACUGCAUUUUUGAAGAUUUGGAACCUGACCGACGCUAUCAAGUAUGGGUAAUGGCUGUGAACUUCACUGGAUGUAGCCUGCCCAGUGAAAGAGCAAUUUUUAGAACAGCACCCUCCACUCCUGUGAUCCAUGCUGAGGACUGUACUGUGUGUUGGAACACGGCCACCAUCCGUUGGCGGCCUGCCAACCCAGAGGCCACAGAGACCUACACUCUGGAGUACUGCAGACAGCACUCUCCUGAGGGUGAGGGUCUCAGAUCUUUCUCUGGAAUUAAAGGACUCCAGCUGAAAGUUAACCUCCAACCCAAUGAUAAUUACUUUUUCUACGUGAGAGCAAUCAAUGCAUUCGGGACAAGUGAACAGAGCGAGGCUGCCCUCAUCUCCACCAGAGGAACCAGAUUUCUCUUGUUGAGAGAAACAGCUCACCCUGCUCUACAAAUUUCCUCAAGUGGGACAGUGAUCAGCUUCUCUGAGAGGAGACGGCUGACGGAAAUCCCAUCAGUGCUGGGUGAGGAGCUGCCUGCCUGUGGCCAGCAUUACUGGGAAACCACAGUCACAGACUGUCCGGCUUAUCGACUUGGCAUCUGCUCCAGCUCAGCUGUGCAGGCUGGUACCCUGGGACAAGGGGAGACCUCGUGGUACAUGCACUGCUCUGAGCCACAGAGAUAUGCGUUCUUCUACAGUGGCAUUGUGAGUGAUGUUCACGUGACUGAGCGUCCAGCCAGACUGGGCAUCCUGCUGGACUACAACAACCAGCGACUCCUGUUCAUAAAUGCUGAAAGUGGACAGUUGCUCUUCAUCAUUAGGCACAGGUUUCAUGAGGGGGUUCACCCUGCGUUUGCCCUGGAGAAACCUGGAAAAUGUACUUUGCACCUGGGGAUAGAGCCCCCGGAUUCUGUAAGGCACAAGUGAUCCUUGGCUUUUGGAGUUUGCAAGAACAUUAAUUCAAAUUUGGGGGGUCUGUUGUUCUUCCCUUUGGGUGCUAUACAUUAUUCAACAAGUCCCCCCUCACAUCCACACUAACAAUAGCCACAUGCACAGCAAUCAUCACGUGAGCAAAACCAAUAAGAAAAGCUCAACUUUAUAGAGCAAUGUGUGAGUAGAGGACAAAAAAAAAUCCACCCUUUGGUUUAUACAUGUUUGAGUUCUUUCCUAAAUUAAAAGAACUUAAACUUGUCUUGGGAACUAAAAUAGAGAAAUGGACUUCCACCUGUUUAACUGGUAAAAAAAAUCUUUUGAUGGGCAGGUCGGGGUGAAGAAAAGGUUGUGCUCGUAACGUAUCUCCUCUGACAAAGAAACAUGAACAUUUUUCACAAGAAAAUGUCACCUCACUUCACUAAAGGAUGAUGAAUCUUAAUCAUUAGAGUGUUUGAACUGAUCUAAAUUUAUAAUGAACUCUUUUGUAAUAAUGUAUAGUGGAGAACAUGAGUCUCUUUUCCUGCAAUUUUAAAUGUAGAAAAGUACUAGAUAUCAGAAAUUCGCGUUUUGUUAAAUAAAUGGUUAGAAUCUAUAAAACAA